AUGUCGGCGCGGCGGCGGCGGCGGAGGGCGACCGCCGAGGAGGCGGAGAAGGAAGAAGAAGCGGCGGCGGAGGGCAGCGAUAAGGAAGCAGAUUUGGAAAAAAGCCUUCGUGAGUUGGAUCUUAGAACUGAUUUAGAUGUUCCCGAUAUUCCUCCACCAACAGACAGGACUCCAGAAAUCCUCAAAAGGGCUUUGUCAGGCUUGUCUGCCAGAUGGAAAAAUUGGUGGAUUCGUGGAAUUCUCAGUCUAGCUAUGAUUUCUGGGUUUUUUCUGGUCAUAUACCUGGGAUCGUUUAUGCUGAUGCUUCUGGUCUUAAGCAUCCAAGUGAAGUGUUACCAUGAAAUCAUUACUAUAGGUUACAGAGUCUACCACUCGUAUGAUUUACCGUGGUUUAGAUCCCUCAGCUGGUACUUUUUGCUGUGUGUGAACUACUUCUUUUAUGGGGAGACUGUAGCUGAUUACUUCGCUACGUUUGUUCAGAGAAGAGAACAGCUUCAAUUCCUAAUUCGCUACCACAGGUUUAUAUCUUUUGCACUCUAUUUAACAGGCUUCUGCAUGUUUGUUUUGAGUUUAGUGAAGAAACAUUAUCGUCUGCAAUUUUACAUGUUCGCAUGGACUCAUGUCACUUUGCUGAUCACUGUAACUCAAUCUCAUCUUGUCAUCCAAAAUCUCUUUGAAGGCAUGAUCUGGUUUCUGGUUCCAAUUUCAAGUGUUAUCUGCAAUGAUAUUGCUGCCUACAUUUUUGGAUUCUUCUUUGGCAAAACUCCAUUAAUUAAGCUGUCUCCCAAGAAGACCUGGGAAGGGUUCAUUGGAGGCUUCUUUUCCACAGUUGUAUUUGGAUUUAUUUUUUCCUAUUUUUUGGCUCAACAUCAGUACUUUGUCUGCCCUGUGGAAUAUAACAGUGAAACCAACAGAUUUGUGACAGAGUGUGAACCUUCAGAGCUCUUUCAGAUUAAGAAGUACCCUUUGCCACCAUUGUUUCAGGCUGUUUUGGGAUGGGAAACGGUGAAUAUGUACCCAUUUCAGUUGCACAGCAUCGCACUGUCGACAUUUGCCUCAUUAAUUGGGCCAUUUGGAGGAUUCUUUGCCAGUGGAUUUAAAAGAGCUUUCAAAAUCAAGGAUUUUGCAGACACAAUCCCUGGGCAUGGUGGAAUAAUGGAUCGCUUUGAUUGUCAGUACUUGAUGGCCACUUUUGUUCAUGUCUAUAUCACCAGUUUCAUAAGGGGUCCAAAUCCCAGCAAAUUACUGAAGCAGCUGUUGAUACUUCAGCCUGAGCAACAACUAAGCGUGUAUAAAACCCUGAAAUCUCACCUCAUCGAAAAAGGGAUCCUGCAGCCAUCUCUGAGAGUGUAGUUUGUCAAAACAGAGGACCAGAAGAAACCUCCAUUUACAAGAAGCCUGUGGAAAAAGCAUUGCAAACAUACACAUAGAUAACAGCUAAAGGGAGAGUAGUUUGUGGUCUGGAAGAGGUGAAUGUUUCCUGAAAUGAAUGUGAAUGCUAUGACUUCCUAUUAGGACACAGAGGAUCUCUUACUCUUAAAAUAAAAUGCUUGCAAAGUAACAGUUCACAUGCUGCAUAUUUUAGUUCCUGAAGAGGAUGGCAGCAGCCUUCCUUCAGCACCCAGCCUGACAGGCUUUGUAUUAAAAAAAAAAGAAAACUCACCAUUAGUUUUUAAUCAGUUAUUUGAUAUUGUAUAUCUUAGCAAUACUUUUCUUGGUCUCCUGUGGCUACUGAAAUGUAAACAGAUGAGGCAGGUGGUCACUUUUAUGUAGCUCAGUGCUGAAAUGACAAUUGGCCAGAAAAUAUUUGUUAGCCUGGUCACAGAGGUAGUUACAGCCUGCUGUGUCAGACUCCCUGCAUUUAGUAAAUCGCUGUGAAGGUUAAACUUAGCUCUGUUUUUAAUUAAACUCCUUCUUAUGAAACUAUUUCAUGUUUUCCAGUGAAAAGAACCUUUGCUGAAGUGUAGCUGGGCUGUUUGGGGUGUGGAGCUGCUGGAUUUUUUUGUUGAUGUUAUGGAUUAUAAACAAGCAUCUACAUCCAAGAGUAGAGAUUACCUGAGAAAAUGGGAUUCUCCGACCCAGUAAACAGAUUGGAGAGAAUCUGGAGUUUGAGCCCUUGGCCUGCUCAGUGUCUGAAGACAGUAAUUCAAGCCUUAUUCCUUGUGCCUCUUAACUACCAUGUAGAGUGGGGGUAUUUCCUUCUUUUUAAAAGCACUUUGAGGUCCUGAGUAAGUGAAGUUUAAGUGCUGUUUUAUUAACAUGUUACUCAGUGAAGGCCAAAGCUUUUAUCUCGUGAAUGUGCACCGUGCAAGGUGGGAUACAUGGUUCUUCUGCUGUGUGUUGUUAUUUAUUAAGAAGAUCCUCAAGCAAACUUGGGUAACCACAUAGAUGUUUGACUGGAGAAUUUCAUAGGAAGCGGCUAUUGUGUAGACAUAUGAGAAAAGCUGAUGUUCCGUAAUUCUCAAUGCUAGCUGUUUUCUAACUUUUUUCAUCACGUGACAUGUCUUGAGGCAAGUAAAAAAUAUACACUUUUUUGAAAUGACAAAAAUUACUCCUGUACAAACAGAAAGCACAAAUGCCGAUUCUGUUUUGGUAUACUGUAACUUGAUAAAACUUACUUUUUCCAAUUAAUUGUAAAUAAGUUUCUCCUGCAGUGAACGUACCAAUGCCACAUAUGUCUCUGUGUGUAUAUAUAUAUAUAUUAAAAAUAUUAGAAGAUGUGUAUAUAUAUAUAUAGAAAAGAUGAAAUUUUUAAAUGAUUGGUGCUACUUGAGGGUAAAACCAUGGAGAAAAUCACUAGGGUGGGUGAAGAGAUGUAUCUGUAAAACACAGGCUGCUUUUUUUGAACACCAUGCAGCUGGGACCACUGCGCACUCCGUUUUGAACUUAGGCCAUGGUAGGCACCUGCUUGUCCUUCAGUGGCUGUGUGACUUGGCUUAUUAAUUGGAGGGGACCGAAUUUCAGCCCUUCCACCAGAAGGGCAGCAUAGCCUGAGGUUAAAAGGUAGCACAGCCUUGCUGGGAGUGGGACAUAUGGAAAAGUGCUUUAAAAAGAAGGGAAGAGAAAAGAAAAUGAGAGGGCAACCAAAAUAGCAUUUCUGGAAAGCUAACUUUUAGAUGAAACUUUGGUUAUGUAUGGGACUUUAGUAGGUGCUUAUGAAAAAUCACAGCCAUAGUGGAGCUGGUAUAUCGACUUGGUAUAUCGUUAUCCUGGAUAUUUGAAAAGAAGAAAUGAAAAUUAAAAAAAUUAUAUAGAGAAUAUAUAUAUAAAGGUAAUUGUUACUUUGGAAACUUGAAAUUUUUAGUGUAAUUUUAUAGCAUGUAUAAUAAAGUUAAAUUAUAUUUUAGCAUUUACUACAACAGAGCAUUUGAAAUUAAUUGCUAUGUAUUUGCACAAGAGAAAGUUCAACACUGCAAUUCUGCUGUUCAGUGUUAAAAUGAAGAAGGAAUCACUUGUGAACUCACUCAUCAAUUUUCUGGGUAGAGCAAUAGCUUUCUGACGGCUUAGGCUUGGUGUAAAUAAACCUCAGCAGGACCUGUCACUGUAUAGUGACAGCUAUGCUUGCUUACUAAGAAGUGCAUUUACCACACUUGUUACUUCUGUUAGUUCAAGCACUGCAAUAUGACCAACAGGAAAGUUUAACUGUUUACACCAGUGUCACUUUUCACUUGCACUUUUGUUCCAAGUUGCUAUAACUACCCGCUGAGCAGAAAAACAAAUAAAUGUGUAUAUUAUGUAAAUACUGUAAAUGGUAUGAGCAUAUAAUGUCUGGUUUGUUUUGACUGUUUCAAUCUUUCAUUGAAGCAGGUGUUGUAAUAAAAAUAAAACUGGGACAGAAAUCCUCCUGUCCAGUAUUUCCUACAGCA